CGUUAUUUGGAGAAAUCUGCAUCGAAGGUGUAUACGAAGGCAAUAUUUCUAUUAUUCCGUACUGUUCUUCAAAAGUCUUCUACUGUCACAGUCAUUGGUUGCAAGCAAACAACAAGUUGUUUCAUAUAUUCUGUGACUAAAUAUUGUAUACAAGGAACUGAGUGGAGUGUUUCAUAUUGGCCAUCGAGUAUGGAAAUUAAAUGUUCUUGCCUUCGAAUGGAAUCAAUGGGUAUUCCUUGUGAACACAUAGUUGGUGUUAUGGUUUAUUUGAACAUGGUUGAAAUACCUUCUUAUUUGGUUCUUGAUAGAUGGACAAAAAAUGUCAAAGACUCAAUAAGUUGUUCAAAACUAGUACAAGGCACUAGCUGGGAUUCAAUGACAAUAUGUCGAUAUAAAGCUUUAAAUCAAAGAUUUAGGGAUGUGAAUGGUUUAGGAUGUAAAUCGGUUGAAGAUUAUUUGGAUACUAUGGAUGUGUUGAAUGCCCAUUUUGAGCGUCUUAAAAUUAAGCACGACAUACAAUUCGAGGAAGUAUCCAAUGACGCAAAUAGAAAAGAACGCUUUGUACAAAACCCAAAAGUUGCCAAGACUAAGGGACAUGGUGGUGGUAGGGGAACUUCUAGACGUCAAACUAAGAGAGGUAGGCGUAGUGUGCAUUGUGGUUUUUGUGGAAAUGUUGGACAUAAUAAAGCAAAUUGUGAGGUAAGGAGAAAAGUAAAUGGAGUAGAUGAUGAAGAUGAAACAAAUAAUAGUGUAACUGAUGAAGACUUGUACUCUAAAGAUGAUGAAUAGAAAGUGUGUUAAUGAUGAUACAGUUCUGUUAUUGCGGGUCAAAAUGUUGAUGAUGUGGUGUUGUCAACAUAGCUAGCAUUGAUUUAUAGAAAAGAUAACUAAUUUGAACUAUUAGGGGAUGGUUAUUGUUUCCAAAAUGCUACACAACGACUUGUUAAUUAACUUUAAUAGACCUAGCUGUGUUCAAAACAACUUUAAUAGACCCAGUACGUAGGUGUUAUGAUAUGAUUCUUGCUUUGUUUACACGGAUACACGACUAUUUUCAAGCAACGGGGCGGGAGAUGAAAAAUGAAUUGGAAUUUGAGUUGAAAAAUGGAGCGGGAGGAUGAAAAAUGUAUUAUAUAUCAAAUUUGAAAAAUGUAUGUUAGUCUAAUUAGAUGAUAUUGAACGGUCAGAUUGAUAUAAUUCAAAAUCUUCAGUCGAAAUCGGUAGUUUUAGUCAAACUUCAUAUCCAUUUCAUUAAAACAAGAUUUCAUAUGAG